UCUUGUGUCCUGUUUUGGCAGGAUCAUCAUAGUAAUACAGUAUUUGCUUUUGAAGGUUCCUUUCUGUCCUGGGCUUCAUCAUAAACAUUGACACGUUGAUGUCGAUGGUUCCUGUGUUGCUUGAAGGACAGCGAUAUGUCCUGACCUACAGGUUCAGCCAGGACCACUUGGAGCUUCUCUUCAACUCCAUCAGAGCAUCUGGUGGCUGGAAUAACAACCCUAAUGCCAGCCAGUUCAAGUACAUCUUUAGAAAGCUGAUGGCCCGGUGUGGGGUUGUUAAACCAUGCAGAGGCAAUGUGACGGCACAGGAUGACACAGAGUCCCUACCAGCUGUCAUCGACACCUCUACAAGCCUGUCAGCUGUAGAUAUGUCCUCUGCAGCAGGAGAAGAUCUUCCAUCCCCGUUUGCUGACAUUCCUGCCCUAGUACAUGACCACAGCUACCUUCCCGUCCGCUUCGAUGGUCUUGUGGACAACGCUCUCGUGUACAUUUCAGGAUUUGUUGUGCGACGGGCUCUGAAGAAGCUGUCCUGUGAUGUCUGCCGUGCCAGCCUGGUGACAGACGCUGCAUCUGCCAUCAAGGACCAAAGCUACCACCUGCUGACUUUAAAAAACAAUGGAGGUCUGGUGAUUCCAUCAGAAGGCACAGUGAGCGUCGUCAGGGCAGCAGAGUGGGUCAUUCGUCAGGCAUCAGCAAGUACCAGACGAUCACAGCCCAUCAAACUGCUAGAGGUCGUGUACAUUGUACGGAAGAGGAUAGGGUCAAAGGAUGUGUUUGUGCUCGGGGAGCACAUCGGCAAAACGCAGUAUGGCAUAGACAGCCACCACCAUACGCUGUUAACACUGGUUGUGUCCCUGUUUUUUAAGCAAAGGCUGCACCACAUCGCUAAAAUGAUUAACCUUAGCUUACAGAGCAACAACAUGCAACAGAAGCUCAAUAAAACCGUCCUUUUCAAAGGGCAUUAGCCCAAGCUAUGUUUUUUGGGUCAAUUUUCUGAUGUAAAACUGUUAAAAAAAAAUGAAAUUCUUGUUUUUGGCCCCAAAAACCUUAGAGACUCACUCACUCACUGUCUAAAGAUAUAGUUACUCUAGAUGUCAUUACCUUGGUCUGUAGCACCACUGUCAGGAGUCUUGGAGUUAUCUUUGAUCAGGAUUUGUCAUUUAAUUCCCACAUAAAGCAGACCUCUAGGACUGCCUUUGUUCAUUUACGUAAUAUUACAAAAAUUAGACACAUCCUGUCACAGACAGAUGCAGAAAAACUAAUACAUGCAUUUGUUACUUCAAGGCUGGAUUACUGCAACUCUUUAUUAUCAGGUUGCCCCAAUAAGUCCAUUAAAACGCUCCAAUUAAUUCAGAACGCUGCAGCACGAGUACUGACAGGAACUAGAAAAAGAGAUCACAUCUCUCCUGUACUAGCUUCUCUAC